GGUGUUAAAAGCGUUACCUCCAGACAAACCCGAAGACUACGGGUGCACACGGAAGACAGUGCCAGUCAGCUUACUCUAACAGGAUUCUAAUUGGACCCCCGUUAUUCAAUUACCCCUGAGCGGACAAUCCCACUAACCAAUGAAGUUGGCAUGUUCAUGCAACUUGACACCCAGAAACACCCAGAAACACCCCGAAAUCCUUAACUAUGAGAGGACUGUACCUUAACUAUGGGAGUGUGGAAAUCUGUCAAGCAAAGAUCUUGGACCAACUGGCCAAUGAAAUUUCGCUCUUUACUAAGUUGUUGGGUGCACUGGCAUGCACGGGCAUGCUAUCACGGAGAAAUCGUGCGUUUUUCCCUCAAGCGGUGAUGUCUCACCACGAAGACACCUUUUCGGGUGUAAAAGUGUUCAUUUCUGACACCCAAGUUGAUUAUGUGGCCACAAGGCUAAAACAUCUCACAUGUGAUACGAAAAAAAAACAAGGUGUUUUCAUACUUGUUGAUUGGCUCCAUAUUUUUACACCCAAUUUUGCCGCCUUCUUCAUGCGGUUUGAUAUCAGCUGGUACUAAGGUCUCCACAUUUAGUCAGGUCAUUCUAGUAUCAUCAGUGCGAUAAAUCUAAACAAUGCUAUAACGUUGACUUACAAGAUUUAAUUUUACGCACAUUAAAGAAAGCAGCAGGAAGGAGAUACGCUCGGCAAUAUGACCCAUCAAGGCCCAUGAAAUUGACGCUCUGAUCGUUCAACCUUACGCGUCAAUUGCGAUUUUAUUUUUUUGUUCCUCUCCUUUUCAGAUCAACAUGCUGACAAUUAGAACGCUUCUCAUUGGCCAACCGACUUGCGGUCCCAUGGCAUAAACCGUUGGCUCUGCACUUUUCCCAUACAUUUCGCGCUCGAGAUAAGGCCACGCUACCGAUGCACGACCAUGAGC